CCCACAUUUCCAUUUUGAUCAACUACCAUUCUCCAUUUUCCUACCUUUUUCUUAUAUUCAACUACCCUUUAAAUUCUCCCAUAAAGCAUAUCAAACAAUCUUUUUUAUCCAAUAUAUUUUGCAAUAAUAUUGCACUUCCCAUCCAAAGACAAUAAUACUCACACACUCACACACACUAACACAAACAGUAUUUCCCAUAAAUACCCAAAAAUAUUUCACCUUCUUGAAAAUACAUCAAGAAACCCUAAAAAUGGCUGGUGAUCAGCUGCAGAAGGCCGAGACCUCCGACAACACGGUGACUAUCAGCUCCAUAGGUGAAGUAGUAGAUUUGGUAGCUGUUGAUGAAAAUUCAAUCAGUGAAGCAGCAAAGAAGCUUGAGAUUUCUGAAGAUGAGGAAACCCUAAUUAUCAGAAUGUUUAAUUUGGUUGGAGGCAGGUGGUCUUUGAUUGCUGGAAGAAUUCCUGGAAGAAGUGCUGAGGAAAUUGAGAAGUACUGGAAUUCCAGACAUUCUACGAAUCAAAACAACUGAUUAAAUACAAUCUGGUAUCUUCAUGGAUAUAAUGUUUCUGACCAGAUUAAUUAAAGUAGGGGAAUUUCUAAUUUUUAUUACAUUAAUUAGCGGAUUGUGAUCUUUCACUAUGUUAGUGGAACUAUAAUAUUUGAGUUGUCUUUUUAUGAAUAUUUGACCAAAACAUGUUUAGGUCGUUUGUGAUAUGUGAAGUUUAAUUUGUGAAAAAUUCUACUA